AUGACUGCCGAGCAGAUCCCAUCUCAUCCCGUCCCCCAGCGUCUUCAUGACGAGUCCCAAUGCCCAAAGCCACAUGUCAGCUCACUCGAGCAAUACAAGGCCAUGUGGAAAGAAAGUGUUGACGAGCCCGAAAAGUUCUUUGGCAAUCUCGCACGCGAAUUGCUGUCAUGGUCCAAGCCAUUCCAAACCGUCAAGCACGGUUCUUUCGAAAACGGCGAUGUUGCUUGGUUUUUGGAAGGUGAACUGAACGCGUCGUACAACUGUGUCGACCGCCACGCCAUGAAGAACCCCGACAAGGUUGCCAUCAUUCACGAAGGCGACGAGCCAGAUCAGGUACGCAAGAUCACAUACGGCGAGCUGUUGCGUGAUGUUUCCAAGAUGGCCAAUGUCUUGAAGAACCGUGGCGUCCGCAAGGGCGAUAACGUCGCAAUCUACAUGCCCAUGAUUCCCGAAGCCAUUGUUUCUAUCCUUGCAUGUGCCCGUAUCGGUGCUGCUCACUCUGUUGUCUUUGCUGGUUUCUCGGCUGAAUCGCUGCGCGAUCGUGUCGUUGACUGCUCUGCACGCGUUGUCAUCACCUCCGACGAAGGCCGCCGUGGCGGCAAGAACAUUGCUACUAAGCGCAUUGUUGACGAUGCUCUUGGCAAGGGCUCCGCCAACCAAGUCGAAUCCGUCAUUGUGUUCAAGCGCACUGGCUCCCCUGUCCCUUGGAUUGAGGACCGUGAUGUCUGGUGGCACGACGAAAUGGCCAAGGCACGAAGCGUUUGUGCUCCUGAGCCAAUGAACAGCGAAGAUCCCCUUUUCUUGUUGUAUACUUCGGGUUCGACAGGCGCACCCAAGGGUAUUCUUCACACUACUGGUGGCUACUUGCUCGGCGCUGCCGCAACCACAAAGUACAUCUUUGACUAUCAAGAAAACGACGUCUAUGCCUGCAUGGCCGAUAUUGGAUGGGUUACCGGCCACAGCUACAUCGUCUACGGUCCUUUGACGCUGGGCGCCACAACCGUGUUGUUCGAAUCUACUCCCACCUACCCCAACCCCUCGCGUUUCUGGGACUUGAUCCAGAAGCACAAGAUCACUCAAUUCUAUACCGCACCUACCGCUAUCCGCGCUCUUCGUCGUUUAGGCGACCAGUGGCUCGAUGGUUACGACUUGUCCUCCCUCCGUAUCCUUGGUUCCGUAGGUGAACCUAUCAACCCUGAGGCCUGGAACUGGUACAAUGAAAAGGUUGGCAAGAACCAGUGUGCUAUCGUUGAUACCUACUGGCAGACCGAAACUGGCUCCAUCAUUAUUUCUCCGUUAGGCGGUGCUACCCCAACCAAGCCCGGCUCGGCCACGCUUCCCUUCUUUGGUAUCAAGCCAAUCAUUCUUGAUCCCACCUCUGGCAAGGAGAUCACCGCUACGGAUGAGACUGGUGUAUUGGCUAUCGCUCAACCAUGGCCCUCAAUGGCUCGUACCGUGUACAACAACCACACUCGUUUUAUGGAUACCUACCUCAAGCCCUACCCUGGCUAUUACUUUUCCGGAGAUGGUGCCUCUCGUGACGCCGAUAACUACAUCUGGGUUCGAGGACGUGUUGAUGAUGUUAUCAACGUUUCUGGCCAUCGUUUGUCGACUUCCGAAAUUGAGUCUGCUCUUGUUGCUCACGAAGCCGUAGCUGAGGCUGCCGUCAUUGGCGGUCAGGAUGACUUGACCGGCCAAUGUAUCCACGCUUUCGUUUCGGUCAAGCCCCAUGUUGAAGCUGCUGAAGGUCUCGAGAAGGAACUUACUCUGCAGGUGCGCAAGGUCAUUGGCCCAUUCGCAUCGCCCAAGCGUGUUUAUAUCAUCCCAGACCAUCCCAAGACCCGAUCCGGUAAAAUCAUGCGCCGUAUCUUGCGCAAGAUCGUCAACGGUGAACAAGACCAGCUUGGUGACAUUUCUACCUUGGCUGAUCCCUCGAUUGUUGACCAAUUGAUCGAAAAGGUUCAUGGAAAGGCCAACUAA